UGUCAAAAAUCUUCAGUGAUAUGACCUGCCGAACGAUCCGGUGGCCCGUGGUGUUUUCCAAAUCAAAACAUUCAUAGUGUAAAUUAAAAUUCUGUGGAUGAAAAUUGGUCAAUCAUGUCAACUACACGCGUGAAAACUAGGGAAACCAAAACCGGAGAAAUUAUUGCAUACAGUGAUACCGCAAUACGGAACAAUGCAUCUGCAGUGGAAUACUGUCGAACCUCGAUGGCUGCAUUGUCGGGCAGCACCGCAGGUGUGCUUGGACUGACCGGUGUGCUAGGGUUUCUCUUCUACGUGCUAGCAGUCCUUUGCCUCUGGCAGAUGCUGCUACUGAAAUCCGGCUCCAAUUGGCAGAAGUAUUUCAUCAGCCGAAAAAGCCUGCUUACCCAUGGUUUUCUGAGCGGCCUAUGCACCUACGUGCUGUUCUGGACGUUCUUGUACGGUAUGGUGCACGUGUAUUGAGAGAGGCCACAGGUGUGGGACACAGAUCACAGAGCAAACCUAACACUAGGCUAAUACUUUGGUAAAUUAUUGUUUCGAUUCCAAAUACACGUACCAUCUUUUAUCAACA